AUGAUGGGUAUCAUUCCUGAUAAAAGUGUAAAGUUGGACGAGCUACCUUCUACUUCGAAGAAGCUGAUUGAUAUUAAAAAUCUUACAUACGAGGAUUCUCGAGCGCUAAAAACGAAAACCCCUAUUACGGUCCUACAAGAGCUGACAGUUCAAAAGGGUUUGGCUCCUCCAGAUUUUCAGAUUGUCUUGAGUGAUUCUGGGGUGCACGAAACUCGGUUCGAUUAUACGGUGACUAGCUGGAAUAACAGCAAGUGGAACUGGACCAUCGAAAAAGAAGUGGGCAUCUAUAAGCCAUCCGAAAAUCCAGUGGAUGAAUUUAAAGUCCUUUUUAAAGAAAGUGCGGAUCAUUUUAAAGCUGCAUUAAAUUGCAUAGUUGAAUUGCUAAAAAUAUGCAUGAAAAAGAAAAUUCCUGCUCCCGAGUUUAAUGAAGUUUCCAGAGUGGGACCGCCUCAUGCCAAGGAAUUUUAUAAAUAG